AAGAAACACGACCGACUUCUGGAGCUCUUCUGCCAGACUGAACAGGUGUGUGUGUGUCUGUUGUGCACAGUGACAGACCACAAGUCCCAUCCUGUUGUACCUCUAAAGGAGGAAUAUGAAGUGAAGACGGCCCAGCUGGGGAAGACGGUGACUGAUGUUCCGCAGAAGAUCCAGGAGAGAAAACAAAAGAUUAAGGAGAUCAAAGACACAGUGGAACUGAGCAACAAAGAGGCAGACAGAGAGAUAGCCCAUGGUGGGCAGGUCUUCACUGCUCUGAUAGGCUGUGUUGAAAAGGGCUGGGAUGAAUUCAACCAAACGGUGAAAGAGAAACUGAAAUCCAGAGUGAAACGAGCUGAAGACCUCAUCAAAGAGCUGGAGCAGGAAAUAGAAGAUCUGACCAAUAGAAGCUCAGAGGUGAAGCGGCUCUCACACACUGAAGACCACCUCCACUUCCUCCAGACCUUCAGAUCCCUGAAGGAUCCUCCACCCACCAGGGACUGGACCACGGUGGAGGUCCGUCCUCCGUCAUACGUAGGGACCUUGAGGAGAUCCCUUGAUCAGCUGGAGGAGACACUGAACAUGGAGAUGAAGAAGCUGCAUGAUGAUGCUGAACUGAAGAGGGUCCAGCAGUAUGAAGUAGAUGUGACUCUGGAUCCUGAUACAGCUCAUCCCAGUCUCAUCCUGUCUGAGGAUGGGAAACAAGUACAUGAUGGAGGUGUAGUGAAGAUACUCCCAUACAACCCUAAGAGAUUUGCAUACGAGACAUUUGUUCUCACGAGGCAGAGCUUCUCCUCAGGGAGAUUUUACUUUGAGGUCCAGGUUAAAGACAAGACUGCAUGGUCGUUAGGAGUGGUCAGAGAGUCCAUCGGCAGAAACGAUAAGACAGAGUGUACCGCUGAGACGGGUUACUGGACUCUUUUGUACUUCAAUGAUGUGUUGUUAUUUAGGGAUAAACCUCCUGUCGGUUUCCCCCUGAGAGCUGGGCUCCAGAAGGUGGGGGUGUUUGUUGAUUAUGAUGAGGGUCUGGUCUCCUUCUAUGAUGUGGAAGCCAGGGUUCAUAUCUACUCUGCUACUGGCUGCACCUUCACUGAGCCUCUCUAUCCAAUCCUUGAUCCAUGGUAUCAAGAAGAAGGUAGAAACUCUGCCCCCCUGAUCAUCUCACCUGUCAAUCAAACAGACUAGGACCUUUGUUUGAUUAUAAAAUAAUCAAACGACCAAAACAACUAAUGUUGUUUCCUGAAUGUGAAUAGAAUUAGAAUCUCUACUAUGUGAGAUCUGAGAGAUCUGCAUUAAUGUCAUACUGCUGUCAUUUAACGAGGAGAAUAUUUUUAAGAAUUAACCCUGCAGUUGUGUAAUAUAACCCUUUAUAAAGGGUUAUAUUACACUCCAUUUAUGUGUCUGUUUUCCCUUUAUUUAUUUUACAUGUUUAAAGAUAUAAUUUUUUUUGCAGUUAUGUAGAACAUGUUUAGAGAUUAAUAUGUAUGAAUAAUAAUUUGAAAAUGUAAUAUAUAUUUGAAUAUUGAAUGACAAAAUCCAAUGUCUUACACUUGUGA